CCCCUGCUCCCCCAUCGUCGUCCUCUUUUCUUCUCUCUUAUUUUUCUCUUCAAAAAAAAAAAUAAUUAAGCUUUUGACGUUUCCUCGUUCCUCAGCUGUUCGUACCUUCUGACAUAACUUGUUCGCCUUCUCUCUCUCUCUCUCAUUUUCCCCGAUACACGCUUCUCAGCAUCGACCCAAGACUCUCUUCCCCCCCCCCCCUUCUUUUCUUGAAAAAGUUCGUGGAUGCUCAUCAAAGGCUCGAGUGAUUUGAAAAGAGAGAGGGUCAAAUCGAAAGAAGUUGCCGUGUAUCGACCCUUUCCCAGGAUUCUUUUGAGAAGGUAACCGAGAAUUAAGUAUCGAUUCUCCACGGCUAGCUCUUUGAUGGGUUGAUCUACAACUACUCAGAUUCUCUCGAAGUCGAAGUGAAGUCACCACCAAAAGAAUUAGUCUCUCACCCAAAAUCGAUGGCGACGUACUUUCUUGGUAAUUCUGAAAUCCAACCACCCGAUGGCCUCCAAACUCUGGUUCUCAUGAACCCCGGCUACAUCCACUACUCCGACACCCCGACGCCUCCCCCGCCGCACCCCAGCAACUUGGUCUUCCUCAACUCCAUCGCAGCUGGCAACAACUCGCUCACUCCCCAAAACCUCCACCACGUGUCACCCAAUCACACCCAACAAUUCGUUGGUAUCCCUCUGCCGGCCGCCGCCGCCGCCGCCGCCUCCUCCUCCCAGGACCCUAGCCAGCAACACUCCGUGCAUGCUCAUCAAGAUGGCUCCACCUUGCAUGGAUUUGUGCCUCGCAUGCAGUGCAAUCUCUGGAACCCAAUCUACCCAAACGCGACGGCGCGUGAGACUCCACGUGCACAGCAGGGACUGUCGCUGAGCCUGUCCUCCCAGCAAGCUGGAAUGGGGUCUUUUCGUGUCGAUCGUGAAGCAACAUCACGGGGUCAAGCGCCUGCUAUGUCUGGGGAAGAUGUUCGCGGGUCUGGAGGGUCGUCGUCUUCGGAUUCUGGGGUGACCAACGCGAACGGUUUUUCGGGGAUUCAGGGUGCGAUUCUGAGCUCCAAGUACUUGAAAGCAGCACAGGAGCUUCUCGACGAGGCCGUCAAUGUCAACAACGGCAUUAAGACCGAACUGGGAAAGAAAGGCGGUGGGGCCCAAACUAAGACCACCGGGGAGACAUCCGGGACAGCCGCCACUGGCGACGGUUCUGCUGGUGGAGAAGGAACCCUUAAGCGUGCCACCGAGCUUUCGGCUGCGGAGAGACAAGAAAUUCAGAUGAAGAAGGCUAAGCUGAUCAACAUGCUUGACGAGGUGGAGCAGAGGUACAGGCAGUACCACCAGCAGAUGCAGAUUGUGAUUUCGUCAUUCGAGCAAGCUGCGGGAAUUGGUUCGGCCAGAACAUACACGGCCCUUGCGCUACAAACAAUCUCCAAGCAGUUUAGGUGCUUGAAAGAUGCCAUAACAGCCCAAAUUCGAGCUGCUAAUAAGAGCUUAGGAGAAGAAGAUUGCUUUGGAACCAAGAUUGAAGGUUCGAGACUCAAGUUCGUUGACCAUCACCUGCGCCAACAGCGAGCUCUCCAACAGUUGGGAAUGAUCCAGCAAAAUGCUUGGAGACCCCAGAGAGGAUUGCCUGAAAGAUCUGUUUCUGUCCUUCGUGCUUGGCUCUUUGAGCACUUCCUCCAUCCUUAUCCCAAGGAUUCAGAUAAGCAUAUGCUCGCUAAACAAACAGGCCUCACCAGGAGCCAGGUUUCAAAUUGGUUCAUUAAUGCUCGAGUUCGGCUCUGGAAACCAAUGGUGGAAGAAAUGUACACGGAGGAGAUGAAGGAGCAAGAACAGAAUGAAUCUGAAGACAAAUCAGGCAAGAGCGGUGAAGAUCCUGCAGCUCCACAACAAAAAGGCCCUGCCGCUGAAACGGACGCUAGAAGCCUCAAUUCCAACCAAGACAGGCCUUCAAACCAGAAAACUCCCACAGUUUCAGUUUCUAAACCAUUAAUAUUAUCGCCGGGUAAGGAUAAUAUGAGAGACCAGUUUGGUUUCAGCUUCAUGGGAUCAUCAGAGCUGGAAGGGAUCACACAGAGAAGUCCCAAGAAACCAAGAAACCAAGAACUUCCGCACUUCCCAACUUCAAUAAACAUGGACAUGAAGACAAAUGAGGCCAAUAAUGAGCAGCUUUCUAUAAAUUUUGGAGACGAAAGGCAGGGAAAAGAUGGAUUCUCUUUCAUGGGAACCCAAGCAAACUUUAUCGGAGGUUUUGGACAAUACCCAAUUGGGGAGAUUGGAAGGUUUGACGCAGAGCAGUUUACACCAAGGUUUUCAGGUAACGGGGUUUCCCUGACUCUUGGUCUUCCCCACUGUGACACAUUGUCAAGUAGCCAUCAAAGUUUUCUCCCAAACCAGAACAUUCAACUGGGAAGAAGACUGGAUAUGGCUGAAUCAAACGAGUAUGGAGCCAUAAAUCCUUCCACUACUCACUCAUCAACUGUGUAUGAGAACAUGAACAUGCAGAACCCAAAGAGGUUUGCUGCACAAUUGUUGCCAGACUUUGUCACCUAAAGGGAGAUGCAUGGGAUACAUAAUACUGUCACUGGAUUUCACAAUCUCUCCCAGCACAGCCGAUCAUGGCUGGGAAAUAAGGGAUCCUCCCUGGUAAUAAUGUAAAGAAACAGGAUUUGAUUUAGUAUAGGUUUAUACCCUGCAUCGAACUAUUUGAGUUCUUAGAUAGCUUAGAAUUUGAGAGUAUAUGGUUGAGGGUUGCAUGUAUAUUUAUUUUUGUAAGGUUUUUGUCAGGAAGUUUUAUUUUGAAAAAUUACCGAUAUAUAUAAAUAUAUGUUGAUUGAAAA